CUGGCCUGGCUGAGAACAGCGGCACGCCACACACCCGCGGACCCGCCCCACCUCCGGUAAUUAAUUGUUCGCCGUUACCCUCGUCGGACAACCGUCGCCCUCCCUCCCCCCGAGCCGAGCGAGCGGCCGCCGGGCCCGGGAACAGAGCCGCUCCAUGGAGUAGUCUAGCGGGGAGAGGAGGGAGACCCCGGCCUGAGGUACGCUCGAUCCAGCGUGGGGAGGCGAGAGACCCCGGUCUGAGGUACGCCAGGCGGCGGGCGGCGGCGGGCGCUCCGUCUCCUCGCGACGAAUCCGCGGCGGUGGAGGCUCGGUUUGGCGACGAGCGGCCGCGACAGAGGCCCCGAUUCGGCGGCCGGGAUGCGUGUGGUUCCAAUACCCGUGAGGUUGGGAUCUGGCGGCCGGAUAUGGAAGCGAAAUUCUCGCUCUGUUACUUCCCUUUCCCGUUGGAUUCGGUUUGGGCGCGAUCCCCUGCAGCGGCAGAUUGUAUGAGCUCGUUUGAGAUUUUCGACGAACGGGGUUUCUUCACCGGAUGCAAGGAUUCAAACGGCAGCUACUGGGAUCUGAAUUAGGAUUUGCACUGCCCGAGGUUAAGAUGGAAAGGGCUGCUUACUUAGUUGAUGAUUUUCUGCAUUGAUGCUGCAGUUAUAACUUGCCUAGAUUUUGUGCUUCUAGAGAUCUUGUAGCAUUAGUAGCGUGUUUAAUUGCAUGAUUUGAUCUGCACUCGCAACCUCAGUCUGUGGGUUAUCUUGAUUCAUUGGACCAAACUGUUAAUCUCUUUGUUCGGGAAUGGUACCAGUGCUUUCGGUUCAACUUUUUAGGAUAUUGGAGAAGCAUCAAAGCUUUUGCAUCCCAAAUUGAAAGUGAACUAGAUGGCUUCCAAAGCGCUUUGGGAGCGAGCAUAUGGUGGGAAGGGUCACUAAUUGAUAAAGGUCUCACAAAAUGGCCUUUUCCCCAUAAAGUUUGUGGUGCAACAUGAUUUUUACCCGUCAUUUGGCAGGUGCAAGGCAGGCUUUAUCCUGAUUAUUGUUGGCAGCCAAAAAUUCAGUAAAUUGCCAAACGGAAAUUCCCGUCAUUGAUUUUUUUUCUUGCAUAACUGGCAGCUUUACACUUCUUUUGCAAAAUGUUACAUGUUAAUAUGUUGUGGAAUAUGCCUAUAACAUUACCUUUUCUGAAACAGGUUUACUUCCAACAUUUUUCUUACUUUUUAUGGAUGGUUACACACAUCAACCUUGAAGAGAAGACUAUUUAUGUUACAGAACAUCAAUAAAGGGAUGAGGCUUGGAAGUAUUAAUGGUUUGCGGUUCAAGCAGCUCAAGCUUGUCAUUCUUGCAUUUUUUAUUUUGUUUCUUCUUUGGAAAUGGGAGAAAGGCACAUACUAUGAUUCUGGAAUCCUUCAACCAGAUCCAUUGGUUUUGACUAAUCCAGCUAACUCAAAGUUUGUAGAUCAGCAUACAUCUUCAGAAGAAGACUUUCCAAAUGCGGACCCAUUGCCUCAAUCAGUAGUUAAAGUAGAAAAGCAAGUUACUGGUGCACCACGACCAUUGACUAUGGUAGGCUAUUCUGUUGACGUUGCAGAUGAAAAGGAAUUGCCGCCUCCUGAGAAGAAAGAAUGUAACUACAGGAAUGGAAAGUGGGUUUCUGACAAUCGUAAACCACUAUACUCGGGGUUUGGCUGUAAACAGUGGCUUUCUGAGAGUUGGUCCUGCAGAUUAACCCAGCGCACAGAUUUUGCAUAUGAAAAAUUUAGGUGGCAGCCAGAAGCCUGUGAGAUGCCAGAGUUUGAGGCCUCUCAGUUCUUGAGGAGGAUGCAGGAUAAAACCAUUGCUUAUGUGGGUGAUUCUUUAGGGAGGCAGAUGUUUCAAUCAAUGAUGUGUAUGGUUACUGGGGGAAAGCAGAGGCCUGAUGUGGAAGAUGUUGGAGCGGAAUAUGGCUUUGUGUUAGCACUUGGUGCAAAAAGACCAGACGGUUGGGCCUAUCGGUUUCCGAGCACCAAUACAACAAUUUUAUACCAUUGGUCAUCAACACUUUGUGAUUUGGAGCCUCUGAAUCCAUCAGAUCAUGCCACCAGUUAUGCCAUGCACCUUGACCGACCUCCUGCUUUUCUGAAGAACAACCUGCACAGGUUUCAUGUUCUGAUUCUUAACACUGGACACCACUGGAAUCGAGGGAAGCUAAGGGCGAACAAGUGGGAGAUGUAUCUUGGUGGAGCACCAAACAAUAACUGGAACAUUGCUGUCAUCUGGAAGGCCAAAAAUUUCACCAUCCAUAGUGUCAUCAAGUGGUUGGACGCUCAGCUCCCUCACCACCCCCAGCUGAAGGUGUUCUACAGGUCAAUAUCACCUCGGCACUUCUUUAAUGGGGAUUGGAACACUGGUGGCCGAUGUGAUAACACAAAUCCUCUGGCCAAAGGAAGCGGCAUUCGCUUGAACCAUUCUGAAGACACAGAUGCUGAGGGUGCGGUGAGGGGAACCAGGAUCAGGCUGCUGGAUGUCACUGCCCUGUCACGUCUUAGGGACGAGGGGCAUAUAUCACGUUACAGUAUCAUGGCCACGCCGGGCGUUCAAGAUUGCUUGCACUGGUGCCUUCCCGGUGUACCAGAUACGUGGAAUGAGAUCCUUGCAGCGCAGCUAUAGCCAGUAGCUGAUCGAAUGAUUAAAGUCAAUAUAUACUGUAAUUGCUAGUACUUUGUUAGGUUUUACUGAAGAGUUCUUAUGCUGCUGAUAGGAAACUCCAAGCGGCAGUAGAUCAGCUUUUACCAAGAGCUUGAUUUGUUGUAACUAUAUAGAGGCUCCUUUUCUAGUGUAACUGUGUAAGUAACUGUUGUAUUCGCGUCAGUGUAUGACUAUUGUUGUUCGGAAAUUGGACUGGCAGUCGUUACUUA